AUGUCAAACCUAAGGGCGCCGACGGCGCGACAGGCGCCUCAACCCAGCAUUCUCCAGACGCUGCAGGCCACCGACAUGAUUGAGUCCAAGCCGGUGCUGCCCGCCGAAAUCCUCGUCGCCAUCCUCGACUACCUCCCCGUCCCCGACCUCAUGCGCUUCGCUCGCGCCUCUCGCCGCAUGCGCGAGAUGGUGUACGACGACACCCGGUGGGUUGCCCGCCUGCGGAACAUGGGCUGUUGGGACGAGGCCGAAGCUCGCAGGCGCUUCGACGACGCCAUGAAACGGCGACACGAGCUGGCCGCACAUGCUGCUGCCGCGACGGCUACCACUCUCGCUCCCGGGGCGACAGCGACUGGCCCUACAGCUGUAGUAGGGGCGUUGCCGCCGCCGGUGAGUACUACCCUGUUCGAUGCGUCUGUCGAAGAGGAGCGGCAGAAGCAGCUACAGCAGCGGCGGCAGAGGCAAAUGUCCCAGGUUCGGGACGGGUUUGAAACCCUCCAGGUCAGCGGCGGACAGGCUGCCACGCCACCAAAGCUUCCAGUGCAGGCCCCAGUGUCGUCACAGAAUGACCCGUCGAAAGACCUCGAGGCCCUGCUACAGGUCAUCAAGAACGUCAAGAGCGUGAGGGGACACGCCCGGGAGGAAUAUGGCAAGAUCUACGGCGCUCUUGGUCCCUUCUACUUUGACCUGGCAAAGGCGCGAACGCACACAGAUCCCAUUGUAUUCCAGGUCUUCCGCGACCCCGAGAGCCAGGCGCGCAUGCUGGCGAACUUGCGCCUCUUUGCCAAGAGCGACUGGUCCCAGGGCUGCACGCAGCGCGAGGAGAAGCUAGGCACCAUGGUAACCAUCUUCGAGAGCGCUGUUCUGCGCGAGUUUGAGCAGGGCUACGAGUUUUGGGAUGUGGGUGGCCGCAUGCGCAAAUAUGCCCACGUCCUCGACAUAUUAAAUGGCGGCAACGCCGGCGUGGAGCUCUUCAUCCACAAGCAUCCAAUAUUCACAGACCGCGACGUGUUGGCGAACCCCAUGGACUGCGUUAAUCUCGCACCGGCCGACGCCAUCAGCCUUGAGCCAUCGCGGCGCUUCUUCGAUGUCUUGGCCGUCAAGGUCAACGCGCAGGCGGCCAUCAUCGAGCGCAUAUUCCCCAGCCCAGGCCCCGUCUUUUCGGCCUUUGUAGAGAAGGUCAGGGAGGACAUUGUUGCUGAGUACACGACACCCCUGUUCGACGAGACGCACGAGCGGAGCAUCCCCUCUUACCUGAAGGCUGUGUCGGGUCUCUUCGAGCAGACCCUGCAGUUCUUCAGGGCCCUAACACCUCCGAAAGAUACGAACGCGCCACAGAAACAGGCGGCUAAGGAGUUUGCACUAAAGCUGUUUGAGCCGCAUCUCGAUCUGUACCUGCAGGACGAGCUAGACUAUUUUACCAAGGAGACCGAGCACAAAGUGGGUGAGUGGGAGAAGAAACUCUCGGCACAGGAUACCAGCGUCGAGUCGUUUUACAUGGCGAGCUUCAACAACCGUCAGGCGGACAAGAAAGACUUCUUGACGUCGUUCAAAAAGGUCGUCAUGAUGCCUAUCUCGGUUCUGCCGACCAGCCUCAGCCUCCCGGGGCUGCCGAUGGGAUCCCCGUUUGCAAGCUCUAAGCCAACGAUAGUCACGAAUGGGGUGGCUGUAAGUCCCCAACCGUCGCGCCCACAUUCUCCCAGCCCCUCGUCUUUAGCAUCGACCGGAACUGUCGACCAGAGUAGCAGUCCCCUACCCGGCGGCAAGGCACCGACAGACGAGCUGGCAGCAAAGGCAGCACUAAUGACAUCGAGGCUGGAGGGCAUCAAGUCGCUUUUCAGCAUCGAGGUGGCGCUGAGCCUCGUGCACAGCGCCAAGGCGAGUCUCGGGCGCGUCGCCGUCUUUAUCCAGCUUGGCGGGCAGGCGGGCGGCGAGGCACGCGAGCAGUGCGAGGCCAUCUUCGUAACGCUGCUACGCAUCUUGGGCGGCCGCCACGUCAAACCCGGCUUCGACAAGGCCGUGACCCACCUCUCGCAGUACAACCCGCGCGAGGUCAGCCAGCACGACAAGGGCGGCGUAGCCCCCCUCGUAACCUUUAUAGAGCUUGUCAACGUCGGCGACCUGAUCUCGCAGAUGAUUGAUGUUUUCUACGAGCAGCAGCUAGCCGGGCCCAAGAUCGCAGACCGCAAUGACUUUCUGGACCCGGCCGGCCUGGCCAAGAAGAAGUUUGAGCAAAUGCUCGACGAGAGCGUUGCCGCUGGCCUUAACAAGGGCAUCGAUGUGCUCAUGGACGAGGUUGAGUAUAUUUGCGCCACGACCCAGCUGCCGACGGACUAUAACCCGGGCGCUUCCUCGGAGCCGUCAUCGGCAGGCGGCGGCGCGACAGCUACGGAAAAAGAAGGCAAGGCGGCGACGCCACGUCUGCAGUCGUCAUUUGGGGGAGGGGCCGCAGACUUCGACAUUGGGCCUACGGCGACGGCGCAGCGCGUGCGCGACCUAGUGGCGUCGCACACUAACAUGCUCGUCGGCAGCACCGAUAAGUCGAUGCUGGACGUGUUCAACGGCGAGGUGGGGCUGCGGCUGUUCGGCGCCGUGUGCAAGCACCUCAAGCGCCAGCGCAUCAGCACCGAGGGCGCCAUCAAGCUCAUCGCCGACAUGAACCUGCACUUUGAGUACAUCCGCACGCUCAAGAACAACGACCUGCUCGCCUACUUCCGCGCCCUCCGCGAGCUCUCCCAGAUCUACCUCAUCGACGCCCGCCACGCAAAGGAGAUGGCCACCAUCAUCGCCGACGGCGACCGCUUCGGCGGCAUCUUCCGCGCCGAGGAGGUCUACGAGUACGCCGAGCGCCGCUCCGACUGGUACCAGGUCCGUAAGGACGUCGAGCGCGCCAUGUACGGCCGCGAUUGUGUGGUUAUGUGA